UAGGGUAGCUAACAUUAGCUUGCUCGUUAGCAGUUGUUGUUGUGUAGCAAGUUCAUUCAUCCACCGCAAACAUGCAGGAAUGGGCAAAUCAGUUAUGCGAAAACCGACAAUUCGGAUCCAAGAUGACGGACUCCAAGUAUUUCACCACUACCAAGAAAGGAGAGAUCUUCGAGCUGAAAGCUGAGCUGAACAGCGACAAGAAGGAGAAGAAAAAGGAGGCCGUGAAGAAGGUGAUCGCCUCCAUGACGGUUGGCAAGGACGUCAGUGCCUUGUUCCCAGACGUGGUAAACUGCAUGCAGACCGACAAUCUGGAGCUGAAGAAGCUGGUGUACCUCUACCUAAUGAACUAUGCCAAGAGCCAGCCUGACAUGGCUAUUAUGGCGGUCAACACCUUUGUCAAGGACUGCGAGGACCCCAACCCCCUGAUCCGAGCCCUGGCCGUGCGCACCAUGGGCUGCAUCCGCGUGGACAAGAUCACAGAGUACCUGUGCGAGCCGCUGAGGAAGUGUCUGAAGGACGAGGACCCCUACGUGAGGAAGACGGCGGCCGUGUGCGUGGCCAAGCUCCACGACAUCAACGCCCAGCUGGUGGAGGACCAGGGCUUUCUGGACACCCUCAAGGACCUGAUCUCAGACUCCAACCCCAUGGUGGUAGCUAAUGCCGUGGCAGCCCUGUCAGAGAUAGCAGAGUCCCACCCCAACAGCAACCUGCUGGACCUCAACCCCCAGUCCAUCAACAAGCUGCUGACGGCCCUGAACGAGUGCACCGAGUGGGGCCAGAUCUUCAUCCUGGACUGCCUGGCCAACUACACCCCCCGCGAUGACCGCGAGUCCCAGAGCAUCUGCGAGCGCGUCACCCCUCGCCUGUCCCACGCCAACUCGGCGGUGGUGCUCUCAGCCGUCAAGGUGCUCAUGAAGUUCAUGGAGAUGCUUCCUAAGGAUCUGGAUUACUACAGCACCCUGCUGAAGAAGCUGGCUCCACCCCUGGUCACCCUGCUGUCAGCAGAGCCUGAGCUGCAGUACGUGGCCCUCAGGAACAUCAACCUCAUCGUCCAGAAGCGGCCUGAGAUCCUGAAGCACGAGAUGAAGGUGUUCUUCGUCAAGUACAACGACCCCAUCUACGUCAAGCUGGAGAAACUGGACAUCAUGAUCCGACUGGCCUCCCAGGCCAACAUCGCCCAGGUGCUGGCCGAGCUAAAGGAGUACGCCACCGAGGUAGAUGUGGACUUUGUGCGUAAGGCAGUGCGAGCCAUCGGGCGCUGUGCCAUCAAGGUGGAGCAAUCCGCAGAGCGCUGUGUCAGCACCCUGCUGGACCUCAUCCAGACCAAGGUCAACUACGUUGUCCAGGAGGCCAUCGUGGUCAUUAAGGACAUCUUCCGCAAAUACCCCAACAAGUACGAGAGCGUGAUCGCUACCCUGUGUGAGAACCUGGACUCCCUGGACGAGCCGGAGGCCCGCGCUGCCAUGAUCUGGAUCGUGGGCGAGUACGCCGAGAGGAUCGACAACGCUGACGAGCUGCUGGAGAGCUUCCUGGAAGGCUUCCACGACGAGAGCACCCAGGUGCAGCUGCAGCUGUUGACGGCCAUCGUCAAGCUGUUCCUCAAGAAGCCCACAGAGACCCAGGAACUGGUGCAGCAGGUCCUCAGCCUGGCCACACAGGACUCUGACAACCCUGACCUGCGUGACCGAGGCUACAUCUACUGGCGCCUGCUCUCCACUGACCCGGUGGCGGCCAAGGAGGUGGUGCUGGCUGAGAAGCCCCUGAUCUCGGAGGAGACGGACCUGAUCGAGCCCACUCUGCUGGAGGAACUCAUCUGCCACAUCGGCACCCUGGCCUCCGUCUACCACAAGCCCCCCAGCGCCUUCGUGGAGGGCAGCCGCGGGGUCCAGCACAAGAGGCUGCCGGCUCGCACCGGAUCUGGGGAGAGUGUGGAGAGCCCAGAGGUGGGCUCCGUGGCGGGGGGCCCGGGGGCCGAGGCCCCCCCUGCUGUAAUCCCGUCCCAGGGAGACCUCCUGGGGGACCUUCUCAACCUGGAUCUGGCUGGCCCUGCCACCUCGGGGCCCCCGCCCCCCCCUGCCGCCAUGCAGCUGGGGGCCAUGGACCUCCUGGGAGGGGGACUGGACAGUCUGCUUGGAGGAGACAUGGGAGGCAGUCCAGCGAUGGGCGUGGGUUUUGGGGCACCCCCUGCUGUGAUGCCCGCCUCCCUGAACGCCCCUGUGGGGGGUGGCCUCGGCGACCUGUUUGACCUGGGAGGGAGCGUUGGCAUGCCGACGGGAGCCUACAUCCCACCUAAGACAGUGUGGCUCCCAGCCAUGAAGGCCAAGGGUCUGGAGAUUUCCGGUACGUUUGCCCGCCGGGCGGGGGUGAUCCAGAUGGAACUGACCAUCACCAACAAGGCCAUGAGCGUCAUGAGUGACUUCGCCAUCCAAUUCAACAGAAACAGUUUCGGCCUGGCCCCAGCCGGGCCCCUCCAGAUCCUCACUCCUCUCGGCCCAAACCAGACCAUCGAGGCCAGCCUGCCCCUCAGCACGGUGGGCCCCGUCAUGAAGAUGGAGCCCCUCAACAACCUCCAGGUGGCUGUGAAGAACAACAUUGACGUGUUCUACUUCAGUUGCCAGUACCCUAUCAGCAUGCUAUUUGUGGAGGAUGGCAAGAUGGACCGGCAGGUGUUCCUGGCCACAUGGAAGGACAUCCCUAACGAACACGAGUCCCAGUUCCAGAUCAAAGACUGUCACCUCAACUCAGACGCGGCGUCCAACAAGCUGCAGGGCAGUAACAUCUUCACCAUCGCCAAGCGCACGGUGGAGGGCCAGGACAUGCUGUAUCAGUCCAUUAAGCUGACCAAUGGCAUCUGGGUGCUGGCAGAGCUCAGGGUGCAGGCUGGGAACCCCACCUACACGGAUCUGGAGGUCUCCCUGAAGUGCCGAGCUCCAGAGGUUUCUCAGUGUGUGUUCCAGAGCCUGGAGGCCGUGCUGAAGAACUGAGGCCCUCUGCCCCUCUGCCCCGCCCCCCGAGGAGAGACCCUGGACCCCCCAGCCCCCCACCACACCCUGGCUGGACCAUCUCCCUCCAGCUCCUUUGUCUCACCAUCCUGCCCCCAGCCGCCCUGGACCCCCUUCCUCCCCCAACCUC